ACUGUUGUCGUAAAAUUCAUACUAAUAUCCAAAUCUAAUUUGAUGUAUCAAAUUGAACUAUCAUGGAGUAUUUUUCUAAUUUUAAUUUUUUACAGUAAAAAUAUGUGUGUGUGAGAGACAGUGACAUAUGAACUGGAAAUCUAGUGGAGAAUGAACAGAAUUGGUUCAUAGAUAUGACUAGAAUCACAUGAACAAGGAUAAUUUUGAUCUUGCUUUCUCUUUUGUUUCUGUUUCUUUUUUUAAUUUUGGUUUUGAUUUUGCUUUGGCCUCAGCUGCUGCUGUGGUGUGGUUGUGGCGGUGGUGCUACAUUUCGCUUUCUCAAUUCACAAUCCACAUCUCACGUGAAGCAUAAUCACACCUUUUCUUCUUCCUCUUGUGCUUUAUCUUCUUCUUCUCCUUAUGCUCUCAGGGUUUUCUUUCUGAUCUCUGAUAUCUUUUGAUCUACUCCAGCCCUCUCUAGAUCCACGCACCUUUAUUGCUCGCUGCUUCAGAAAUUCUAGGGCUUCGCCAGUUAAAUUUGGGUCUAUUUCACACAUUGGAGCUGUUAAAUUAGAGGUGUUAAGCAUUUUCUUGUUGAGGUGGCUUUUGAAUUGGGUUUGGGGUUUUUACGUGAAUUUCGUUUUAAUCUGUGAUUUGAGGUGGGGGUUUUGGGAAGUGAAUAGGAAUUGAUCUCAAUUUGAUAUGGCUGUUGAGAAUGUGAAGUUGGAUUUGGCUCUGUAUGGUUGAGGAGGAUGGAAUUGAGUUUCAUAUUUCAGCAGCUAAACGGUUUCUGUGAUUUUCACAAUGUGUAGUUUUAGGUUUGAGUUUGUGAGGAUUUGAUUGAGAUUCUAUUCGGUGCGUUAGAGUUUAAGAGAUUUUCAUGAUGUUUAGUUUUAGGUUUGGGUUUUUUGAGGAUUUGAUUGAGAUUUUAUAAGGCUUGUUUAAGUUUAAUUGUGAGAGUAUCGGGUAUGCCUCCGUCACCUUCUGUUAGAGUUUCCCCGGGGAGGGAGAUGAAGAGAGAGAAUCACAAGAGAGGCAGCAGUUUUGGGAGUGGGAUUCUCUUUCAAGAGAAGGAUGAGGAUCUUGCUCUGUUCAAUGAGGUGCAGAACAAAGAAACUGAUAAUUUCUUGCUCCAGACGAAUGAUGACUUUGAUGACAUGUUUUCAUCGAGGCCAAGACAGUUCUCCAAUUUCAAGCUUGGAAUAUCCAUUCCUGCUCGAGGGGAGAGUAGUGACCUGCUUAAUGCAGAAGGAGAUAAAAAUGACUAUGACUGGUUAAUAACCCCUCCUGAAACUCCUCUGUUUCCUUCUUUGGAUGAUGAGGCAUCGACAGUUAGCCUUGCACCCAGAGGCAGGCCCAGGAGUCAACCUAUUACAAUCUCGCGAUCAUCCACGAUGGAGAAGGGUUAUAAGAGUGGCAGGACCAGUGCUAGUCCCCGUCGCCUUAGUCCAUCUCCUCGGUCUGGUACUAGUCCAUUGCAGUCUAAAAGCAGACCAUUUUCUGCCACUCAUUCCAGUCCACCUCCUGCUUUGCGACGUUCUUCUCCAUCAAGGGGGCUGUCUCCCCCACCAAGUAAGCCAAUACCUGCUCCAAGGAAUAGAACACCGACACCUAGGAGAAUGAGCACGGGUUCACCUGGUGCUACUGCACCUUCAAGGGCGAGAGGUGCCUCUCCCGUCAAGACAAGUCAGGGUAACUCUGCUUCACCUAAAAUAAAAGCAUGGCAAUCUAACAUCCCUGGGUUUUCCUUAGAGGCGCCUCCUAAUCUUCGCACCUCACUGGCUGAUAGGCCAGCAUCAUAUGUCAGAGGUUCCUCACCAGCCUCGAGAAAUGGGUCCAGAUCUGCUAGACAGUCUAUUUCCCCAACUGCCUCAAGAAGUGUCGGUUCAUCUUAUAGUCAUGAAAGGGAUCAAUUUAGCUCCUACAGCAGAGGCUCAGUUGCAUCAUUUGGUGAUGAUGAUGCAGACUCACUACAAUCUGUGCCUAUCAGCACCUCUGGCCGCUCAGUUCCUAGAAGCAUAGGUAGAUCCCCAAAUAAUAAAACCAUGGGCUUUUCCAAGAAACCUACCAAAACCUUGUCAAAUUCUGCUCCCAAAAGAUCAUUCGACUUGGCACUUCGACAAAUGGAUAGGAAGGUUCCACAGAAUAUGUUCAGACCCCUGCUGUCCAGUGUCCCCAGUUCAACAUUUUGUGCAGGGAAAGCAAGUACACAUCAUCGUGCUCUGACAUCAAGAAAUUCUUCAAUCACAACUAGCAGUAAUGCCAGUUCCGAUCAAGGAACAAGUGGCGCACUUGAUACUGAAGAAAAUGAGCAAAACCAGGAUGAUGUGACCAGUGACUUUGUGAAGGGACGGUACCCAACUAUGCAACACGAAGUAUUUGAGGAGGUGUCGGGAUAUCAGGAUGCGGAAGAUGGUAACCCCGCUAGAGUUAUUUCUCUGUCAGAUACUGCUGAGAGUAGCAGCCAACUUGACACUUCUGCUGAUGUAAUCUUGGAUGGGAAAUAUGACUACUCCGAUGUUGAUGGGACUUCAGAUAUGGAAGUAUGCUCUGGAUGCAGUGACAUGUUUCCUUCAAGUGAAUUGGUAAAGGAAGGUCACCUAUGGUUCUGUCUGGAAUGCAUUAGUUUGAAAACAAAUUCAAUGGAAACCCUCCCAGUGACAACAGUAAAGAGAGAUAAGGAAAUUGCAGAAGCCAUUGUUCACGAUGGUGAGUGUGGAUGGCAUGACGUUUUGGACCAAUCUGUCUCAAUUCAAGAAUCAGUACCAGUUAUUGGUGCUGGUGAAACAGAGAUGCACCACCUCGACUCUACGGCAAUUGAUGAUCAAUAUUCAAAGACCGAGCGUGGCAUGGAUCACGAAGUAUUGCAAUCUGAGAAGAGGGAGCUUAUGGUCACCAGCCAGCAAGAGAUAGUUGGAGCUGUGGAAUUUCACUCCAGCCACCAACAAUUACACCAGUCUGGUAUCUGUUCAACUUCAGAAGCUGAUGUUUCCGAAGGUACAGGUAUAUCAUUGCUUCUGAAGUCAUCAAGUAGCAGUAAAGGACAUCUCAUCCAAAGCAGGAGUUUCACCGCAAGUAACAUUUGUUAUGAUGAUUUCUCUUAUGUGAGGGAUAGCGUAAAUAGUAUGAGAAGCUCCGGUGGGUAUAGUAAUGCAUCUGUAUCAUCCUCCACUGAUCUGGGAUCUUCUAGGCAAACUGAGGCACGUAUUCGUCGGCAAUCAAGUGGCCAGAGAUCUGACAUUGAAAAUUACAGAUAUGAAAUUCCUAUGAAGCAUAAACGCUCCAUCUCCUCUUUGUCUGGUGGUGCGUCAGCUCUUGGAUCCCAGGUCCGAAGUACAACACCAAGUUGCCUAGGGGAUAGUUUUGAGCUAGCGUCUUCCGACAAGGAUAGGGAGGUUCAUGGGGUAACAUAUCCAGUUCCUCCUAACCAGUCACUGCCCUCUGAAAAAGAAGCAGAAAGUACAUGCACGGAUUUGGAAAGCAGUCUAACCCUCAAGGUUUCUGCAGAAUUAUCGAGUGAUUUGAUGAAUAUCCAUUCAGAAGGUAGUCCGAAGGAGUCAAUUCUUGCUUCUGAAGAGCUAGUAUCACAUGGGAGCGGUACAGAUGAAUCCAGUAACGAAGAAACAGCAGCUACACAGUUACAGACUUCUGCCCGAGGGGAAGACAUGCAAAGCUCUUGUAAUGACAUGGUGGAUGUCACGGAAGUUCCUCAUAUGAGUUCUUUGAAUGAUAUAUCUGAAAUGGAAAUUCAGAAUUCUGGUAUUUUAUCUUGUGACUCACAAUCUGAUGUUGAUUCCACAAAUUCGAAGACAUUAACAAAUGAGUUACUGGAGCCUUCUGUCUCAGUGGAACAAAAUGAUAUUAUGACAGAAACUACGGAAGAAUUUGACAUCCCUGUUCCUGUAAAUUGUGUCCUUGAUUUUACCAUUGCACGAGAAGACGUUGGUGGAGCAAACUCUAGAAGCCUGACCCUCGAGGAAGCAACAGACGCAAUCCUCUUCUGCAGCUCCAUUGUCCACAAUCUGGCAUAUGAAGUGGCAAAUAUAGCCAUAGAGAAGGAGAACUUGUCUCUGGAAGUCGCGAGACCAACAGUGACAGUGGUUGGCAAACCCAACCCCGACAGAAGGGAGAUGCGAUCAAGGCCACUGGGUAAACGCAGUUCCAAAGCCCAAAAGGCUCGCCAGAGAAGAUUGGAGACAGAGCCAAAGCCAAGGCCCGUGACUCCUGAAAGGGAAGAAAAAUUUAGUCCACGCAUCGUGAGAUCUCCUGGCAAGAAGGGCGAGGCCACCACACAUCCUCCUCCGAAGCUGGAGUCAAAGUGCAACUGCACCAUCAUGUGAAGCCCAAGACGGUAACCACGUUUGUUUAAUAGGUUUGAUUUUGUUGAUGCUAAUUGUUUAUUAAAGAGAUGAUGAUAUUAGAGGCAAUCCUUUUUGUAGAGUUGCAGUUUUUAUUAGGCUGAUAAUAGUGUGGGUUUUUAUUCUUGUUAGUGCUUGGUAUAGGUUGAUUCUUUUUGUGGUGAUCCAGACCAGAACAGUGCAUUCAGACAAUUAUUCUUGGCCAUUGUAAUUGUAGCUAUUUGUUUUGGUUGUAAUGCCAUUUUAUUCAAUAAAGACGCGCGUGCAGGUUGGAAUGUA